AAACAGUAUCGAACACAACCAACAUCAUUAUACUUUAAAAAAGGUCCCACAGCAAUCAAAUACCUUAUAGAGCACUACCUGAUAACUCUUGCAUUAUUUGCUUUCCCUUUUAUAACAGAAACUCAGUUCAGUUCACCAAUUUUUGGAAGUGGUUCAGCUUAG